CUGGAAGCGAACCCACCAAUGGUGGCCUGUCGGGCACAGUAUGGACGGCCGGCUCGAGGUCGAGAUCGAGGCCUACGGCCAUGCCACGGACCUCAUGCACCUCCUGGACCUCGGCGAAAGCGACAAGGCAACGUGGAACAUGAAGUCCGACGCCAUGAGCCGCUUCGUAGACGGACUCACGGCGCUCGCCGCGCUUGCCUGUGACGACCGCGGUGUCCAAGUGCGCCGGAUGCUCCUCGCCCAAGGCGCCAACGUCGUGCAGCACAUCGUGGACGCGCUCAAGUGCCGUGACGUCCUCCUCAAGUGCAAGAGUGCGAGCGCCUUGGGCUCCAUCUGCAUGUGCAGCGAAGCGUGUGCGGAGCUCAUGGCAGCUCACGGCGACGCGAUCGUACAUGGUUUGAUGCGCAUGGUCGCCGGGAAGAACCGAUGGGCCCAAGGCGACGCGAUCUUCGUGCUGGGCUGGAUCGUGCGAUGGGUAGAUGACGACGGCGACGCUGGGCCGCUCGAGACCAUCGCCGGUGCUGUCCCGAGUGCCUGCGACAUGGUGCUCUCGAGCAUGGCGCCAACCGACGACGCGCCGACCGACGAGAGCAUUGAAGACCGCGAGUCGAACCUCCGCAUCUACCCGUUUGUGUUCCUUCUCAACUGGUACCAGCACAAGUCGCUCACGCCAGCACUGCCUUCUGUCCUGGACGCCGUCGCGUCGGCGAUCCACGCCGCAGUGCACCAGCCGACGCUUGCCGAGGUCGCCGUGAUCGCUCGCCUCUCGACCUCACUGCUGCUCUCGCUUGUCGACAAGGACGCCGCCAUUGUUUGUCCGCUCGUGCUCGAGAGGAAGAUGCUCCCGGACGUGGCCAGGCUCAGCCGCCGUCGCUUUGAUGGCGACGAUGACAUCGUGGCGGACCAAUGUCGCGUGGUCUUGGACUUGAUUGUUAAGACGAGAUAAGAGAGACGUUGUAUUUAGAAGGAGCGUCGUAUUGAGUUGCAUUUUGUCUUUGUUAUAGUCUACCUUCUGAGCUUUAUAAGAAAUCUUG